AUGACUGAAGCUCAUUCACUUGAAGACUAUUAUGAAAUCCAAGAAAAUGAAGUUCAUGCGCUAGAAUCAAUUUAUAUGCAAGAUUUCACCCUGAGAACUGAUAGUAAAUCAGCUUGGAAUAAGAAACCAUCUCCUAAAUUUGAAGUCAAUUUGUACUCAACAGAUGAAGACCCAAGAACUUCUCUAACACUUUACGUCGAAUUAACCCCAACUUAUCCACUGACAGUUCCAAUCUUAAAAAUCAAGGAUCCACAACACCUUUUAGCUAGCCAAGUAUCAUCAUUAGAGAAAUUCAUUAAAAAGAAGUGCAAUGAAUUAUUAGGUAUGGAAAUGAUUUUCGAUAUCUGUCAACACAUUUCAGACCAAUUAAAUGUUUUCCAGAAAGGUGUGAAUACAAACUCUUUGGAAGAUGAUAGGGUGCUGAGAAUCCAGAAAGAACAAGCCAAAAUAAAUGCACAAGAAAAACAGAUGGCUGCUCGUGAAGAAGCCAAUAAAUUGAAAGAUUUAGAAAGAACUAACAAUUUGAUAGCCAAAGAAAUCGAGAAGAGAGGUAAAAAUAUAGAAAAUGAUCUUGGAUUAAAAAAUCAACGCAUCGAUCCAGUGGAUGACUCUUUGAUGUAUCCACCCCGUGAGCUAAUAGACUCUGGUGAGGCAUUUGUGUUUGAUAGAGUAAUAAGUGCAAGACUCUCAAAUAAAGGUUCAGUGCAAUUCAAAGCCGUUACAUUCUGCCUAAGCUCAAAGCCUGAAAGUAUGUUAUCAUUUGGAAAACAAUCAAUUGUUAAACCUUAUCUACAUCCAUCGAUUGAAGAAAGUAAGAUUUAUAAAAAAAGUUUUAAAAAAAUUGAAGAUGAAUCAUUAUUCUAUUUGACUGAGAUUGACCUUGAAAAUCCAUAUUUUGGUACAUCAGCAGGCAAAAAAGAAAUACAAGACCUAGAAAAAGAAUUAGAAAGCGUUGUGGAGUUUAGACAUGAAAAUGUUCUUUCAUUAUAUGCAUAUAGCAUUGAGCCAAUCCCAGCUACAAAACCUGGAUAUUUCUCAAUCAAAUUACUUACGGAAUACUCAUCUUUGGGAAGCUUAGAAGAUCUUCUUGUGACAAUAAGAUUUGCAAAUUUGGCAUCAGCAAGGUCUUGGAUAAUUCAACUAAUUGAAGGUUUAGAGCAGUUGCACAAAAUUGGUCUCAUACAUAAGUAUAUCAACAUCACUUCUGUUUGUCUAUUUAAUGAUAGGUCUAUUGAUGCUGUCACCGCAAAACUCAAACAUCCUACUUAUGGUUAUAGGCUAUUGAAUUUGAUAAGCAAGCACCCAAACAAAUCAGUAUCAUCUGAAAUGAAGACAAUUCAUAAUGAUUGGCUUGCGCCAGAGUUGAAAAAAAAUAGUGAACCACAAAGAAAAUCUGAUGUAUGGAAUCUUGGUCUUUUGUUUAUUGAGCUCAUAGUUGGAACUGAAGCAAUCAAUGAAUACGAUGGCCCGUCUGAUUUCCUCAGCUCCGUCCCACUUGAUGAUUCUUUGAAAGAGUUCAUAAAAUGGAUUUUUAUUGAAAACCAACGAAAAAGACCUUCUCCAAUGCAGCUUUUAACUUCAAAGUUCAUUAGAACAAAUAUUGAUAAACCAAAUCCUAACUUAUUUUCUGGGUCGAUGAACUCAUAUGAAGAAGAAUUUGGAACCCCAACGAUGGCCAGUAGUCACUCCAUCCAGUCUAAUAUUUCAUCUCGUCAACCUAGAAGAAGUUUCAAUAAUGGUCCAAGAAUGCCAUACACUAAUAAUGUUAAAUCAAGAUAUAACCAUGACUUCGAAGAAAGCAUCGUGCUGGGAUCAGGUGCAUUUGGUAAAGUUGUCAAAGCUAGAAACAAAUUAGAUGGUCGUUUCUAUGCAAUUAAAAAAAUCAAACAUAAAGACAAUAAACUGUCAAACAUUUUAAAUGAGGUUAUGCUUUUAGCGAGGUUAACUCAUCAAUAUGUCAUCAGAUACUAUGCUGCUUGGCUUGAGGAAGAGGUAGAUGAGUCAGUUUUUGAUGACAAUGAAGGUGAAGCUAUAAAAAGCAGUGGAAAUAGUGGAAGCAAUAGAAGUGAUAUAAGCAAUGGGAGUAGUACAGAAGAAGAAGAAGAGGAAGAAGAAGAAGAGGAAGAAGAAGAAGAGGAAGAAGAAGAAGAAGAAGAAGAAGAAGAAGAAGAAGACCACGAGGAUAAAAAUGCUGGAGUUGAUGAAAAUAUAGAAUUUGAGCUGAGCACCUCCAACUUCACAAGACCAUGCUUAAACAAAAAUCCUACAUUGGACUUUAUCUCUAACUCAAUGCAAGAUGAUGGUAUAGAAUUUGGUUAUGAUUCAGGUGAACGAGAUGAAGCUAAUAAUGGUAAUGGAUAUGAAAAAACACCCGAGCGUUCAAAAUCAACCAAAACCUCUAUUAAGAAAUCCAAUAAGAAAAAGAAGAAGAGCACUUUGUUUAUUCAGAUGGAAUACUGCGAGAAUCGCACACUUCAUAACCUUAUAACUGAUAGCAUCAUUAGUAAAGAUGAUUACUUUAGAUUAUUAAGAGAAAUUUUGGAGGCGUUAAGUCAUAUCCAUGCACAAGGAAUUAUCCAUAGAGACUUGAAGCCAAUGAAUAUCUUUAUUGAUGAAUCCGGAAGUAUCAAAUUGGGGGAUUUUGGACUUGCCAAAAAUGUACAUAGUUCCCUUUCAAAACUGGAAAAAGCACCUUAUCAUGCUUCAGAGGAUUUAACAUCUGAUGUUGGUACAGCUUCAUAUGCUGCUAAUGAAGUUCUGUCAUCUAAAGGUCGCUAUGAUUCCAAGGUGGAUAUGUAUUCUUUGGGUAUAAUUUUUUUUGAGAUGAUAUACAAGUUAAAUACAAGAAUGGAAAGAGCUAUGGUUCUAAAUAAAUUGAGAAAUCCAAGUAUUGAGUUUCCUCCAGACUUUACAACGUCAAAGUAUCCAACAGAAAGAAAAAUCAUCAGAAUGUUAUUAGAUCAUGAUCCCAAAGCGCGUCCUUCUGCCGAUGAGCUAUUGAAGUCUGGUAUAUUGCCGGUUAAAGAACAGAAUCAGGUUGUUAAAGAAGCAUUGAAAAAUUUAGCAGAUCCAUCAUCCCCAUGGCAAGCUCAAGUUAGAGAAACAUUAUUCAACCAACCAUACAAUUUGGCAAAUGACAUACUAUUUGAUAAAAAACGUGAGAGCCCUGGUGUAUCAAAACACCUUCUCAAUGUUCAGAUGGUGAAUGAAAUUACCAAGAUAUUCCACAAACAUGGUGCCACUGAGACACAUGAGCCUCCCUUGAUUUUCCCAAAGUCACCACUAUAUUCUAUGCAAAAUGUAUAUGAAGUUCUUGAUAAGACAGGAACGGUUCUACAAUUGGCUUAUGAUUUGACACUCCCAAUGGCAAGAUAUUUAUCGAAAUGUAAUUCAAGGCUAGAGAAACUUUUCAGAAUUGAAUAUGUCUAUCGCCCAGAUCCUGGUAAUUCAAGUGCAGAGCCUGCAAAAUUUGCAGAAAUUGAUUUUGAUGUUAUUAGUUCUGACUCUUCGGAUUUAGCCUUUCAUGACGCUGAAGCCAUAAAAGUUAUUGAUGAAGUUGUUUCUAUUUUUCCUGUGUUCACAAAGUCAUCCACUGCUUUUAUAAUAAAUCAUUGUGGUAUUUUGGAUCUAAUUUUUGACUUUUGCGGAAUUGAUAAAGCACAAAGACCCAUUAUUAGCAACACGUUAUCUCAAGUUGGUUUCAACAAGACUUUUAAGAAAGCUAAAGAGGAAUUAAAGAUUCAGUUGAAUAUAACAUCUACCGCUCUACAUGAUCUUGAACAAUUUGAUUUCAGGUUGAAUCUUGAACAUACUAAAACAAGACUUCAUAAAUUGAUGAUAGAUAGUUCACACUUGAGCAAAAUUGAUUCAUACCUUUCAUAUUUAUCCACUGUGAUGAGUUACAUAAAACAGCUUGGGGUUGAAACACCAGUUUACUUCUCUCCUUUGAGUAAUUACAAUGCUGCUUUUUAUAACAAUGGUAUUAUGUUUCAAGCAGUAAACGAAGGAAAAAGACCAUCGAUCAUUGCUGCUGGUGGUCGUUAUGAUAGUCUAAUAUCAUAUUUGUCAACACCUUCAAGUGAUAAAAGCUUUCAUUUACAGCAUGCUGUUGGGUUUAAUUUGGCAUGUGAGAAAUUAUUCAGUUCUAUGCAAUCAUUUUUGAAAGUAGAAAGUACCAAGAAAAGUAUCUCAAGACCCAAGAAAAAUAACUUGAAAGAAAUUGACUCAAAAGUCGAAUGGAAGCCAAAAAGAUGUGAAGUUUUGGUGUCAAGGUUAAGUGCUUCUUUGUGGAAAUCAUAUGGUCUUGAAAUCCUCAGAAAACUUUGGUCGAAUAAUAUCUCUGCUGACAUUUUGAAAACCACCCAUGGUAUUGAUGACAUUUUGACUGCUGCUCAAACUGAUGGUGUAAGAUGGGUUGUUUUAGUGAAACAACAACAAGCAGCCUCUCAUGCAGUGAAUAAGAAGAAGUAUAAACCAUUGAAGCUCAAGAACAUCGAAAGCUCAACAGAUUAUGAUGUUGAUAUUGAGGAGCUUUUGGCAAUUGUACAAACUGACAUUUCAGAGAGAAAUUCAGGUGUUAGUCAAAGCCUUAUUGGUAACCCACCAGGCUCAUCAGGUCAAGACUUUUAUCAUAAUGAUAAUUCGUCGGACGAAAGUUUAUCAGCCAGCAUGUCACAAUCAUUAAACUUGAGUGAGCAAAAAGUCAAUCAUAUAUCAAAUGAUGUAACAAAAAGCUCAAAGAAACCUCAUAAAAAGGAUAGAUGGUCUAUCGAAGAAAGCGCCAGAAAAGCCAGCAAUGCUAUUAUUACUGGAUUGAAUAAUACACCUGUUAUUACUAUUGACCCAGUUAGAGAUGAAGUUUUGGAAAUGAUGUCCAUAACAUCAGUUUCUCAAAAAGAUGAAUGGAUCAGAAAAGUUAACGGUGUCUCCAAUUCCGUUCCAAGAACGUUUGCUACAGCUAUUUUCAAUGCUUUAUCCAAAGAAGCAGCAAAGGGAACUAAAUGGGUGAUUGUCCACUGUCCUAAAACCGGUCAAUCUUGCAUCUGUGACUUACAAAGAUGA